AACCCAUUAUUCCUUAUUAACCGACAACUGAAAUCACCAUAACACCCUUUGUUUAGUGGCCUUACCUGUGGGGACUCGAUUCUUUUUCAGUUUAGAGGGUAAAGAAUCUAAUCCCAUUAGUGCUCCAGAAGAAGAGUUUCCUAUUAGUUUCUUCUUAGAUUUUACACACACAAGCAAGCAUUUUAAGUUACAUGGCAUUGAUCCAAACAUAAGAAUAAAAAAGGGUAGCUUGUACCGAAAAAAAUGAUGAGAUGAAACAGUUAGUUUAGGCUGUCAAAGAACCUUAUGCUAUUCUCAGUGAGGGGACCAUAUAUUUCAAAGAAUAUUUAGUAUUACUGAAUCACAAUUACUAGGUAGUUUUUUAUAUUAUAUUUAAAAGUCUCUUAUUAGUGAUAAUAUGUGUCAUUCUCAAUGUAAUAAUUUUCCACUUUUAAUGAAUGUGAAGAUAGCCAAGAUUGAAUUAUAAGAAAAAAGGGAGGGGCCAUAUAUGACUAUAGUAUUGAAAGCAACUUAUUAUUAGACAUAUGAAGAGAUCUAUCUACAAAUGAUUUUGUUACUGUCUUCUUCCACUAAGUUGUUGCAACAAUCAACUUCAGCUUUCUAAGUUUUUGAUAGAGAUGGGGAAGGCAGGGAAAUGGCUUAGAAACUUCUUGACAGGGAAGAAAGAAAGGGAAAAGGAGAAGGUGAAGGACAAAUGUGGUGGUAAUGCAACAAGUCUGAAUUCUUCAAAUGGAACAGAAAAUCCAACCACUCCAAAUUCCACAACCCCAAAGGAGAAAAGGAGAUGGAGCUUUAGAAGAUCAUCUGCCACAUCCACAUCCACACCAACAACACCUUCCAAGGAAUUGAACUUUGCAGAAUCAAAUGUCACUGCUUCACAGACACCACAAGCUGCUGCCACCACAGAUAUUCCUCUGGAUGACGAGCAGAAGAAGCAUGCCAUGGCUGUGGCUGCUGCCACGGAGGCAGCAGCUGACGCGGCAGUGGCUGCAGCUCAGGCUGCGGCUGCUGUGAUCCGCUUGGCUUCUGGUUCCAAUGGAACAGCUGAAGAGGCUGCAGCCAUCAAAAUUCAAUCUGUCUUUAGGUCCUACUUGGCAAGAAAAGCAUUGUGUGCUCUCAGAGGACUAGUGAAGUUGCAGGCUCUGGUAAGGGGUCACUUGGUGAGAAAACAGGCCAAGGCAACACUGAGAUGCAUGCAGGCUUUGGUGACAGCACAGGCUAGAGCUCGUGCUCAGAGGAUCCGAAUUGCAUCAUCAGAAGGGAAGUCUUAUCAGAAGCAAUCAAGUUUCAGAAACACUACAGAGGAAGAUUUAUAUGCUCAAGUGUAUAAUGAAAUGGAGAGAGGCAUGGAAGAGAACAUCAAGAUUGUGGAGAUGGAUGUCUGUGAAUCAAAAGGAAACUCUAGAAGCAGAAGCAGCAGUGUGCAUAAAUUUCCAGCAUAUUAUUCAAAAGAAGAAAACUUGAAGGUAUCACCAGCUCCAUCAGCCUUAACAGAGUUUAGUCCAAGAGCAUGUAGUGGACACUUUGAGGACUGCUUCAGCACAGCACAGAGCAGCCCUCAAUGCUACUCGGCCGCGUCUGGAGUUGACGAUUCGAAGCAUCCCUUCUCCUUCCCUAGGCCAGGCUAUGCUGAGGUGAUGUCCUAUGACUACCCUUUGUUUCCAAAUUACAUGGCCAACACGGAAUCAUCAAGGGCCAAAGUGAGAUCACAUAGUGCACCAAAGCAAAGGCCUGAUUCAUUCGAGAGGCAGCUGAGCCGGCGAAGAGCUUCUGUGGAAGGAAGGAAUGUGCCAAGGCCUGUGAGGAUGCAGAGGUCAUCUUCACAUGUUGGUGCCACUAAUCCAUGGUCAGCAAUCAAGCUUGAUAGGUCCUCAGUUUCACUCAAGGACAGUGAGUGUGGAUCAACAAGUACAGUCCUCACA